UGCCUUGCUUCAUCACGCUCUUUGCCGACCCCAUAGAGGAGGAUUGUGCGCUGGUUACAUUCAUGACUUGAAGAUUCAUCCUGCAAAGAAGAAAACGCAUGCUGAAACCCCUGUGUGCCACGGUGGGCUGGCAUUCCACUAGCUGCAGCUCCUCCAUGGUUGGCUGGCAUCGCCACCAUUCUGUCAAAGCCUUUCAGCCUCCACUGGACACACCCGUGCCUAACCACUCUGGAAUCUGCUAAAGUAAAAAACAAACAAACAAACAAAAAACAAAGUUAUCAACUGACCUGAAGGAUGAAUAGAAGCAUUUGAGGUGGGCCAGCAUGACAGAGACACCCAAGACUUCUUGACAAAAAAAGAGCAGGAGAGUUUCGUAAAAUGGUUUGGCAACUGAACUAAGACAGUGAACAGAAACAUCCAAUGCCUCUGCGGGUGCCUUGAUCUACUGACUGGAUAAACUCAAGUCCUCCAGAAUCGACAGGAUAACCAGGUAGCAAAGAAGAAAUGGCGGCCAUUGCUAACCUCACUGCCGGGCCGAGCAACAGCAGUCUCUGUGCCAGAGAUUACAAGAUCACGCAGGUUCUCUUCCCACUGCUCUACACGGUCCUGUUCUUCACAGGACUCAUCACCAACAGCCUGGCGAUGAGGAUUUUUUUUCAAAUCCGCAGUAAAUCCAACUUCAUCAUUUUUCUGAAGAACACGGUGAUUUCCGACCUCCUCAUGAUCCUGACUUUCCCGUUCAAAAUUCUCAGCGACGCCAAGCUGGGAACGGGACCCCUGAGGACCUUUGUGUGUCGGGUGACCUCAGUCAUAUUCUACUUCACAAUGUACAUCAGCAUUUCCUUCCUAGGGCUGAUCACUAUCGAUCGCUACCAGAAGACCACCCAGCCAUUUAGGACAUCCAACUCCACCAGCCUCCUGGGGGCCAAGAUUCUGUCUGCCGUCAUCUGGGCAUUCAUGUUCUUACUCUCGCUGCCGAAUAUGAUUCUAACCAACAAGAGGCCGAGGGACAGCAAUGAGAAGAAGUGUUCUUUCCUGAAAUCAGAGUUCGGUCUGGUCUGGCAUGAGAUAGUGAACUACAUCUGUCAGGUCAUCUUUUGGAUUAACUUUUUAAUUGUCAUCGUUUGUUACACACUCAUCGCCAAGGAGCUCUACAAGUCAUACCUGAGAACCAAGGGUGCAGGCCAAGUCCCCAGGAAAAGGGUCAAUGGCAAAGUCUUCAUUAUUAUUGCCGUCUUCUUUAUUUGUUUCGUGCCUUUCCACUUUGCUCGAAUUCCCUACACGCUGAGCCAGACCCGGGAUGUCUUUAACUGCACUGCUGAGAAUGCGCUGUUCUAUCUCAAAGAGAGUACGCUGUGGUUAACGUCCUUGAAUGCAUGCCUUGACCCCUUCAUCUACUUUUUCCUCUGCAAGUCCUUCAGAAGUUCCCUGACAAACAUGCUGAAGUGUCCCAAGUCUGCAUCACUUACAUCCCCAGAAAAGAGGAAAAAGGGACAGGACGGUGAUGACCCCAGUGAAGAGACCCCAAUAUAAAUCAAUGGACAGUGCCGGGGUUCAGAAUCCCUGAAGGCAAAGCCCUCAGUGGAACUGUGACCACUGACCAGGUAAAAGCCAAGUUAGUGAAAUUGGCUUUUCAGACAAGUCACAGAAGACUCUGACAGGAUUGUGCAGUGACUUUUCCACUGCUAAAAGCUAACUGAAAGUGCAGUGAAACAACCUAAGCUAUAACUGCAUGGCAAAACAAACUCUACUGUCGUGCUGCUUGGAACACUGUACAUAAUUCAUAAUCUGCAGUUUUGACAAGGGUUAUAAAAAUACAAGGUGAUUAAAAAAACAGAAAGCACAAUUCCUUUAUAAAUAACAAAGAAUGGUAAAUCCAACACAAUUUUCUGAAUAAAAAUUAAACUUAUUAAUCCCACUUACCCAAAUUGACAAUGAUACUUAUUAAAGAAAUUUAGGUGAAUGCCAGAGAGAAUAACUACUAACUUUUAAUUCCUAGCAAAACAAAACAAAACAAAAACACAAAAAAACCCUAGGAGACAUAAGCUAGUUGAAAUAGUAUUUGAUUAGAAAAUGUUUGAAUAUUAAGAUUUUUUAAAUAUUUUUUUCAAUAAACACUAGAAAUAUCAAGGGAGGUUCGAAUGAAGUACUUUCACGAUAUGCUAAUACUAAAACAAUUAUGAAUAGUUUUUAACACUAGAGAAAGGUUUUCCUAAUAUGUUAACGAUUUCAGUAGAUGGAAUGUCAUCAUUGAUAGUUUUCUUCAUUAAUCAGCUCUCACAAACUUCCUGCUUCUGCUAAUGAAAAAAUGACUGAUUUGAUUACACGGUUACUCAUAAAAAGUGACUGGAUUGUUUGAAUUCUCUAUUUGUAAUUGUGGAUAUUGCAUAAAAAGUUACAAUAAAGCUUAAUCAUA